GAUGCAACUUGGCACUUUACCCAGAACGGACUGGAGGUGUCCGUCGCCCGCCAUCAUGGAGGCGCCUCUGCAUUCAACCCCUGUUCUUGCUUCGCGUUGUGUUGCUCGAUUGACUUCUCACCUGUGUCCAGGUGAGCUGCGCGCUGGCAAGUUGUUUGAGAUUGUUUCUUGACUAAAUCAAAUCUAAAUCGACGCCUCAGCAAUCGCGUUUGUGCGAACCCCUCACCUUGUGCCACCAAGGUCCUCAGCACCGGUUCAGCGCCGUUCAUCGCCGGACCCUUUUGACGUGGACCAGCCUUAGGGACCUUGGGGACGCCCAACUCUCACACUGAACAACUUGGCGCACAUUUGAGAAACCAAUUUAAGAGCGGGGGACCUUGCAGACGAACCUCCAGCAAUUUCAACCGAACUGCAGUUGACAUUCCUCUUCCACGUGCCUACACUUCCGCCAUCCUCCUGUCACACCGAUCCUGCACGCCAUUGGACCGGAUACCUGUCAGACCUCGUUUCGAUCAUCCCUACCUUCUUCGGGCGGGCCCGUGCUAUUCUAAGCUGCUCCAGACCGUCUGCAGAGAACUUGCCGGGUCGGAUACAUCCUACGGUGGAACAUGGAUUCUCUUCAGAGUCUGGUUGCCAGAGAUGCAACACCUGCUUGUGAGACGGGCAAUGGAUAUGACGGCCGUAUGGGCCUGCGUAUCUCGUCUAUCUUUGUCAUUCUCGUCGGUUCAACAUGCGGGGCUCUCUUUCCCGUGAUGGCCCGGAGUUUCAAGGACUCCAAGAUUGCAAAAUGCGCCUUCUUCAUCGCUAAAUACUUUGGCUCCGGUGUUAUCAUUGCCACCGCAUUUAUUCACCUCCUUGCCCCAGCAGAAGAGGCCUUGACCGACGAUUGCCUCACCGGCCCAAUCACAGAAUACUCUUGGGUUGAGGGAAUCGUCCUGAUGACCAUUGUGGUACUGUUCUUCGUGGAGCUAAUGGUCAUGCGCUUUGCCCGUUUCGGCCACGGCCACUCUCACGACGAGGAUGAUGACCAUCACGUGAAGAUUGAGCAUGCCGCUGCCUCCUCUCCUGCUGAGUCGGUUGACAUGAAGACCCAUAUGCCGGGAGAAGACCAUCUCGGGCAUUCCCGCGAACACCAUGAUAUGGAGCUCGGGAAGCAGCAUUCUGAUCUGGAGGAGUACGUCGCUCAAUUGACCUCCAUCUUCAUUCUGGAGUUUGGAAUCAUCUUCCACUCCGUUUUCAUUGGGUUGACCCUGGCGGUCACCGGCUCCGAGUUUGUGACCCUCUACGUUGUCCUCGUCUUCCACCAAACCUUCGAAGGCCUGGGUCUGGGAUCCCGGUUAGCUACCGUUCCCUGGCCACGUUCCAAGCGAUGGACCCCUUAUUUCCUGGGACUUGGAUACGGUAUCUCCACGCCUAUUGCGAUUGCGAUCGGUCUAGGCGUGCGCGACUCUUAUGCAUCUGACGGCGCCACGACGUUGAUCGUCAGCGGUGUCUUUGACUCGAUUUCGGCCGGCAUUCUGAUCUACACAGCCCUGGUGGAGCUACUGGCCCACGAGUUCAUGUUCAGCACUUCGAUGCGAAAGGCACCGAUACAGAUUGUUCUCGCGGCUUUCGGUCUGCUAUGUCUGGGUGCUUUGCUAAUGGCCCUGCUGGGUAAAUGGGCUUAAAAAUAUUAAAUAGAUCUUGUUCUUUGUACAUAUAGAUACCAUUUAUGACAGUAUAUGAUGACAGUCUCCAUACUACCACAUCUCAAACACGAAAAUCGUAGAAAUAGAUAAGCAUUCAAAG